GUCCCGCCGCCCGUUCCUCAACACCAUCGCGUCUCCUUCUCCUCUCCUUCUCACCUCUUGUAUACCUUCGCCUUCCUAUCUCCUCACCAAUCCCCGGUGCUACUCUCGCUUGGAACCCUCACUCGCUUUUUGGCCUCGUCCUGGAACUCGAUCUCGUCAACAUUUACGCCGGAAGAACGAUUUAGGCGGCAAUCGCUACUCGCACACUCGGCUCCCACUCAUAGAGCUCGCAUUGGAAACAGCACCCCACCGAUCCACUGCCUCACCCACCAGCAAGCUGUGCUGGUGACUCGAUGCUUACUUGCAUCACGAGCGUCAUCAUGCUCAACUUCCUCUUUGGCUUCCCGCAAAUCGAGGCGGAGAUUGUCCCGCACGGCAUCAUGCCCAAAAGACUGGUUGCCGCUACUGGCGACACGAGCACGAGAACCACGUCACCUACUUCGCAAAGCACGUCCCCGACAACUUCCCCAACAACGUCCCCAACCACAUCCCCAACCACAUCCCCAACCACGUCUCCAACAACGACACCCUCCACCUCGUCCACCCCGAGCACCGUUCUAGUGUCGACCACCGGCUCCGACGGCACCACCUCCACCACAGCCAUCUCAACAAGCUCUCUGUCAUCAUCCAAGUCAAGUACCAAGUCAAGUAGCCUGGUCACCCUCGGCUCGACCACCAUCAAUGCGGCAACACUGAAGAGCAAGACCACCGUAGAGUCUCCCCUCGUCACCGAGCACACCGGACGACGCACAUUUACCUCAUACUACACCGAGAACGGCGUCGUGGGAAGCUCCGCAUUCACCUCGGAUUUCGUGAGCAGAAGCACCACCGGCUACGCGAGGAGCACCAUCUCUCCCUCCCUUGCGGAGGGCGGCGGCAAUGGCAGCAACCUCAGCACCAAUAACAAGGCGGUCAUCGGAGGCGUCGUCGGCGGCCUUGGCGGUGCAGUCGCCAUUGGAGGCCUCGUGUUCGCCCUGUGGCGCGUAUGGGGCCGGAAGAAGCAGCAUGCUCGCGAGCAGUACACCGACGUUCAAAGCAAGCGUGAAUCGGCCAUGACCUUCAACAGCGAAGGGUACAGCAAUUUUGGCGGCAGGGUGAACACUGCCAGCAACUUCUAGUGAGUUGGGUGGCUGGUGCGAUUGGAAUGCCAAUUUCUUCAAUCAUGUAAUGUAUUAGCGUAACGACCGGCACAUCUGGGGUCGGGAUAUUCAACGACGAAACACAAUAUGUAUAGUUAGAUUCCAGCAAAUCACAUCAAAUCCAGAACAUCAA